AUGAUAAGUAGAAAUUUUAGCGCAAUUACGUGCGUGUCCUGUAAAACAAUAUUUCGCAGGAAUGCCUCUAAGUAUGAGUCAUUUAAGUGCUAUUUUGAAAACAACUGUCCGAUCGAUGUCUUGAGGCGACGAUUCUGUAAGAAAUGUCGUCUAAAAAAGUGUUUCGACGUCGGAAUGAAAAGAUUUGUGAAUGUGGCCAAACAUAUAGAGGCGUUUGACAGUUUGUGUGACCAGGAUCAAAUCUCUAUUAUUAAAUAUGGGUCUAUCGAGACGGGCCUAUUGAGGUCUCUCCUAAUGAAGAGAAUUUUUGUCCGAGACUUUAAGGCAUAUAAUAAUAAGUUUUGCGAUGAAAAUAUUUUUAUUAAGAUAUUGGGCAACGACUGGGACUCCGAUAGAUAUGUCAUAGAUUUGACAUAA